AUGGCCUCCUCAGCAGGCCUGGUGCCUCUACCUACCUCCGUGCACCAUUCCACCACCCGCCUCACCCAUUUCCAAGCGCACACCUUUCUCUCCGCCUUCCUUGACCGAGCAGAAAAUGACGCCGCAUACAGACCGGACAGCACACUGACGGAGCGCGGACCGCAGGCUCUGUCCAGCGGAUCGACGCCCAAUUUGACGCUCACUCAUUUGAAGAGGAUUUUGAGCGGGAUAGAGGGCAAACGUAUCGGUGGAAGCCUUGGGCUAGGAGAGAGAGUGAACGGAGAGGGCGAGAAUACCUCGAAUGGAGAGCUUGAAGGCUCAGACGAGGGACAGAUGCCGCGGAAGCAGGGCAGCCAGAAACGCGCCCUGAACGAAGAUGAGCAAACCAACACGGUCAAGAAACAGAAACGCAAGAUCGUCUACUCGGUCAAUGCGGAAGGCGUCGAGGACCCGCAAGUAGGCGCUGACGUCGAAGCCGAGACGCCGGGUCAAGCUCGCGGGGACGACGAUUGGCAAGACGCCGAGACCUAUGCGCUGGCCCAGACCGAGUUGAACGACGACGACGCGGCCGGGGGCGAAGACGCCCUUGAUUUCGAGGGCGACGACGAAGACGACGACGAACGGGAAUGGGAGGAACGAGAAGCUACAGACGAACUCGACGACGAUUCCGACGCAUCCGAGGCCCAGCGCCAGACAACAACAAUAAGAAAACGCAAGCAACGAGGCGGUGACCAAGAUGCAGACGGAGCAGGGGGAGAGCAGAAGACGAAGAAAAAGAAAGCGGCCAACACCGACACCGACACCGUCCCCGUCCCCGCCACGGCCCAGAGAUCGACGAUGAACGGCGCUCAGGUAGUGAGUAAAGAUAAAGACGAGCGGAGGAAAUUGAAGAAGAUGCGGCGGAAGGACGAAAAGAGGGAGAGACAACGGGAGAGGGAACAAAAGAAGAAGAAGAAGCAGAAGAACCAGUAG